CAGCAAGUGGGAAGUAGAAGCAGAUCAGCUCAGCAAAACUUGGAUACUUUAUAAAUAGCCCACAUCGUACCCGUCUCUUACUUUCUCCCACCACCUGCCCAACUCAUCCACUCCAGCAUCCUCCCUCCAGAGUAAAGAACCAAGCAGAAAACAGGAAAAGAAAUAAUCAAAAUGGCCGAGUCUACGCCCUCAGACGCGGCCAAUAUCUAUCGUAUGAUUAUGGUCCAUGACAUGGCCUCCAAGACCCCAGCGUACAAGGCAUACCUGCUCGAAGAAUCGAAGAAGGACCUCUACAUGAACACCGAGGUCAAGAUGGUUGCCUUGAAAGAGCUGGCUGCCAAGCAGUUUGCCCCGCAAAGCUCAAUCAACUACCCCAGGAUUUGGAUCUUGCGCAUGCAGCAUGGUGAUGCUGCUGUUAAGAACCUUGGCACUCCUUCUGUUCGAAUCUCACACGCCAAUGGUCCCAUUGGCUCAACAUGA